AACGUUGCUCUUGAAGGUAGCACUCGGAGCAAACGCGGAAGGCAAAAUUAAAAUUUUGAGUAGAAAAGUUCAACAAUUGUCUCAUUUUUUACGGUAUUGUUUUAGAACAUUAUUACACACGUAAAAAUGAGGACAAAACUUUCGUUAGACCAGCUCAACGCACUCACACCGGCGGAAUUUCAUAAAACUUUCGAAAAUGUUGUCGAAUGUUGGCCUGAGGCGGCGAUUUUCUGUUCAGCAAUGACUCCGUUCAAAAAUUUCGAGUCGAUGAUUACAAUUUUCGAAAAUUAUCUGCAGAGAUUAAGCAACGAUAAUAAGCUACGGAUUCUACGUCUGCAUCCAGAUCUAGCAGGAAAAUUACUUGAUACACAGCAACUUACAGAGGAGUCUAGCUACGAGCAAUCAUGUGUUGGUUUGGACAAACUGGCACCGGCAGAUAAGCAGCGCUUGACCAAGAUGAAUGAUGAGUACAAGCAAAAAUUUGGAUUCCCUUUUGUGAUUUGCGUGCGAGAAGCUUCUAAAUUUGAGGCAAUAAUAAAUGGUGUAGGUGCAAGAAUCAAUAAUAAUCCAGAUAUUGAGCUUGACAUUGCAAUGAAUGAGGUGAAAAAGAUUUGCCGGUUAAGGAUAUUGCAACUAGUGAAUAAUUUAUGAGUUAAAAUCUGCCGUGGAGAUGGAUUGUAGUUAUAUUUCUCAUAUUAGACUAAUUGGUGUAGUUAAUCCGUUUUUAUAUCACAACAUAAAUUGUGUACAUAUAGCGUGGACCCCCGUUCGUUUGACCGUUUUUAAUCUGAACACUUUUUAAUUUGCACCACGUUGGUUUGCACGACGUGCAAAUUAAAAAUGGUUCAAAUGUCAUUCUCAACAUGACAUCAUUUGCUCAUGCAGACAAUGCGCAUAAACGCGAUUUGUUUGUAUUGAUCUAGCGUGUUUAAUCUGUUUCACAUUGCGUUUUACCAACGAUUAUGAUAGAAAUCCGAUCGAAGAAUGAAAUGUUCGCUGCUUCCAACUUCCAACUGAAUCAAACCACCAAAACAAUAACAAAGAGUAGGGUGACCAGUUCACACAAUUUCCAGUAUAUUUAGGGUUGCCAGUUGUUCAAAUUAAAAACUGACCCCGUUAGCUUGCAUGAGAAAUCGUUCAAACGAACGGGGGUCCACUGUAUGUAUAUGUAACCGGAAAGAAAAACAGCUCAAAAUAAUCUACAGUUAGUAACUUUUAUUGGGAGAUUGCAGAAUAAAAAAAAUAAAUUGAGUAAGCGCAACUUUCUCAAACAAUAGCCAAGCCUCAAGCUAUAUUAAUGCAAAAUACCACAGCACGCCGCACCACGCAAAUAAUGAGCAAGGACUGCAUCUUUUUUCAACAGCGAUAGUACUAAUUCGGUAUGUGUCGGUAAGUUACAAGUAUUGC